UACUCAACGCAUAGUGAGAAUUCAAUAUUUAGCUUAAAUGUAGCAUAUUUUAUAACUUAUUAUCCUAUUUACAUUGACAAUACUCUUUUACAAAUAUAAUUUACUAAUUAUCAUUGCUCAAAUAUAUAUUAGAAUAAAUAAAAUGUUGGUGCAUCUUGGGAGAAAGUUAAAGGUCAUAGGUCAAGGUCGUCCAGAAAAUGUUGAUAAAUGACGGAAGUAAGACAAAGACUUUAUUUUCUUCAAAUCAAAUGUGAAUAUGGUUGAAAUGAGAAGAUGUAAAUUAUAUAUCGCAAUAGUAGGAACUGUAGCAUUAUUUGGAUUUAUUUAUUUUGGAAUAUACUGCCCAUCAAGCCUAUGUGCUUUGACUCCUGGGAACACAACUCCUCCUGUGAAAUCUACAGAAUGGGGGCACAAUUUAUACUUAGAAUCUCAGCGUAAACUCAAACAAAAAAUAGCAAUACAAUCUCACACACGACAGGUUGCGCUAGCGACACAAUCUCACAUGCAAACACAGACAAAUGAGGUACAAUUCGAGGAUUCCCACCUACAUAGAAACUAUGAUUUUCACCCAGAUGGCGAUAGUGUUAUUGUAUUUCUUCACAUACAGAAGACUGGGGGUACCACAUUUGGAAAACACUUAGUUAAAAAUCUCGAUGUAGAUACGCCCUGUGAAUGUACCAGAGGUCGAAAAAAAUGUAACUGUUAUAAUUCUCAAGACUAUAUCUGGCUAUUUAGCCGUUAUUCUGUUGGUUGGCCAUGUGGGUUACAUGCAGAUUGGACAGAAUUAAAGGAUUGUGUUCACAAUUACUUAAAUAAGAAAGAAAAGAGUGAUAGGGAUAGAAGGUACCUUUAUAUAACAAUUCUACGAGAUCCCGUGAAACGUUACCUCAGCGAGUGGAAACAUGUAAAACGAGGCGCUACCUGGAAAGCAGCUAAAUUAAAAUGUGACGGACAUCAAGCCACAUUGACCGAAGUUCCAUUUUGUUUUGAGGGGGACACUUGGGAAGGUGUCCAUUUAAAUGAAUUUAUAAAGUGUCCAUAUAAUCUCGCCAAUAAUCGGCAAGCGAGGAUGCUGGCCGAUUUAAGUCUCGCCAAAUGUUACGACACUAGUGCCAUGUCAAAAACUGAAAGAGAUAAGGUUAUUUUAGAGAGCGCAAAGCAAAAUUUGCUUGAUAUGGCUUUUUUUGGUUUGACUGAAUAUCAACGUUAUACUCAGAUGAUGUUCGAAGACACAUUUAAAAUAAAAUUUAUAAAUGAUUUCAUCCAAUAUAAUGAAACUCACGCUAGUGACGUCACUGAAAAGCUAUCAUCUGAAGAUAUAGAGGAGAUACAAAAAAUAAAUCACUUAGAUAUUGAACUUUAUAAAUAUGCCAAAACACUGUUCUUUGAGAGAUUACACGCAAAGUUUGGUUCAGAUUUGGGUAAAAUUGAGACAAUUGAUCGAAUUGGUGAGGCUAGUAGUGAUGCUGACGAAGAUGAAAAUGUCGAUGAAGAAUACGUGAAUGAGGUUAUGAAUAAUGAAGAUCAUGGACUUUUUAAGAGAGAGGUUAACAUAAGGUUUGAUCCAGAGAAACAUAUCAAUAAGCGCAGGACCAAGAGGAGUUAAAGAUCUCAAAUAAAUCUCUGAACUGAACUGUCAGACAGAAGACAUUGCUGUAACCAGGUAUGAGGCAAAGACAGGUCAGGUAAUUGCCUCAUUGCCUCACCACAAUUUUACAGAAAAAAUAAUUUUCAGACAUUUUUGCACCUAAAACUGUGGAAAUAAAGUCUAGAUGUAGCAAUACAGUCAUUUUCCUCACCUUUUGAUUUUUACCUCACCAAAAUUUUUCAGAAAAAAUUAUUUUCAGAAAUUUUUGCAACUAAAAUUGUGGAAAUGAAAUCUAAGGGUAGCAUUGCAGUCCAAAUUUGCCUCAGCAGUGAUCUCCCCAGCAUUAAAGCAAGUGGGCUCAUCACCCACCUUAGAUUUUAAAAACAUGCUUGCACCCACCUGAAAAUCUAUU